AUAUAAUCAGCGCUUUGAGCAUUUCACUUUAUGUGGCAACAGCUGGUCGGCUUUCGUUAGCUGAUGAUGGCGGUAAUUUUUGUACGAGAGGAGAUGGACUGCCUGGAAAAUGUAUAGAUAUUAUUGAGUGUCAAAAAAUAUACGACUUAUACCAUCUGAUUAGAAGGAAACAGGGAACACCUGCUGACCGACAAUACAUGAGGAAUUCACGUUGCCCCGUUUAUAAAAAGAAUCAUGUAUGUUGUGAAGAAGUAUCCGAGAGAGUUAAAAUAUUGUUGGAACAGGAUUGUGGUCAUAUAGGUCCCUCUCAGAAGGUACUCUUUGGAAAUGAAAUAAGAUUAAUGUCAAGACCAUGGAUGGCUCUUCUUAAGCUCAAAAGGAACUCCGAUGUAGAAUAUGCAUGUGCUGGCACCCUUAUAACAAAUCGUUUUGUUUUAACCGCCGCGCAUUGUUUUGAUGGACAAGAGCUAUUAGAAGUGCGUUUGGGGGAACACAGAAUAUCCACCGAACAAGACUGUGAUGACAUAGGAAACACUCGCAUAUGUGCACCACCAGUUAGAGAUAUUUCUUUCGACAACAUUUUUGUGCAUCAAAAUUUCUCACGAAACUCUUCUGAAAAUGAUAUUGCAUUAAUCAAGUUAUCGACAGACGUUGAGAGCAGUUUUAGCAUCCGGCCCAUCUGUUUGCCAGUAAAUUACACACUUCAACAAGAAGCUGAACAUAGGAAGAUAUUCAGGGUAACUGGCUGGGGAGCAACCGAAAGGUCAAUCCACUCCGAUGUACCCAUGGAGACGGCAGUCGAUAGGCAGAAUCGUUCACUCUGCCAACAUGUAUACAGACAAAGCAUGAAAUCGAGUCAAAUCUGUGCUGGUAGCUUUCAAAGGGAUUCAUGCUAUGGUGAUUCUGGUGGUCCACUAUUUUAUCCAACUGUAUAUAAUGGAGUGCAACGUAUGGUUCAGUUUGGAAUAGUCAGCUAUGGUUCCUCUUUUUGCGGGGGUGGAAAACCGGGUGUCUACACAAAUGUUGCCAGUUUUAUACGCUGGAUCGCUGACAAAUUAAUUGCUAAUGAUUUGGAUACCGCGCACAGCAAGAUAAAUCCGCUGAGCAGGCAAAAGGAGCCAACGACAACAGCUAAUGUUAUUAGGAUGAUGGCAGGAUCGGUCUCUCUGAGCGUCUUAUUUGGAAGGAGCGUUUGGCAGUCACUGCUGUGGACACUGCGAGGUCAAUCGAUGCAUAAAAUAAUCGAAUCGUUCGAGCCGAAUCAGUUGCGCACCAGUUAUCGUUAUCGCGCCUUCGAUUAUUUUGUACGCGCCAUUGGCUUCGCCAGUCUGUUCAUCGUUAUGAGCGCCAUCUAUAGGCAGGACGAUGAUCCUGGCUCCAACUAUAUACAUCCCAGACACGGAAUGCAACGCGAGAUUUCCACUGACUUGGUUAUUCAGUCCAAGGAGCGCAGCAACGUUUGUGCUGCCUUGCGCAAAAUUCGAUUGCUCAUCGAAUCGCUGCGCAAACGAAUGCGGCCAACACAUUUCCUGGCCGUUGCGCUAAACUCGGGCGCAAAACAAUUUGGAUGCACAACUGCCGGGCAUCGACCAGGAGCUUUUUAUUCCGGCCUGUAUGCAGCGGACAAUAACGAUCCCGAUAGCAUCAAACUUCACAUGACGCUGCUAAACAGUCGAUAUACCAAUAAGAAACCCAAUAAGAAUGAAAGCAACAGCUUCGAUGCACGUGAGAUUCUUAAACGCUUUGGCGACUAUGACUUUGGCAAGGCUCAGUGCAACGAGGUGCACAUUCGACUGAGCUUUCAUCUCAGUUUGGCUUCGCACUCUCUUGUGAUGAAUAUAAUCAGCGCUUUGAGCAUUUCACUUUAUGUGGCAACAGCUGGUCGGCUUUCGUUAGCUGAUGAUGGCGGUAAUUUUUGUAUGAGAGGAGAUGGACUGCCUGGAAAUUGUAUACAUGUUAGAGAGUGUAAAAAAAUAGAUGACUUAUACCAUCUGAUUAUAAGGAAACUGGGAACACCUGCUGACCGACAAUACAUGAGGAAUUCACGUUGCCCCGUUUAUAAAAGAUUGAAUCAUGUAUGUUGUGAAGAAGAAGUAUCCGAGAGAGUUAAAAUAUUGUUGGAACAGGAUUGUGGUUAUAUAGGUCUCACUCAAAAGGUAUCCGUUGGAAAUAAGAUAAGAUUAAUGUCAAGACUGUCAAGAGAUAAGAGAUGGCUGACUCAAAAUAUAGGCUUUGGAAAUGAGAUAAGAUUAAUGUCAAGACCAUGGCUGGCUCUUCUUAAGCUCAAAAGGAACUCCGAUGUAGAAUAUGCAUGUGCUGGCACCCUUAUAACAAAUCGUUUUGUUUUAACCGCCGCGCAUUGUUUUGAUGGACAAGAGCUAUUAGAAGUGCGUUUGGGGGAACACAGAAUAUCCACCGAACAAGACUGUGAUGACAUAGGAAACACUCGCAUAUGUGCACCACCAGUUAGAGAUAUUUCUUUCGACAAAAUUUUUGUGCAUGAAAAUUUCUCACGAGACCCUGCUGAAAAUGAUAUUGCAUUAAUCAAGUUAUCGACAGACGUUGAGAGCAGUUUUAGCAUCCGGCCCAUCUGUUUGCCAGUAAAUUACACACUUCAACAAGAAGCUGAACAUAAGGAGAGAUUCAGGGUAACUGGCUGGGGAGCAACCGAAAGGUCAAUCCACUCCGAUGUACCCAUGGAGACGGCAGUCGAUUGGCAGAAUCGUUCACUCUGCCAAAAUGUAUACGGACAAAGCAUGAAAUCGAGUCAUAUCUGCGCUGGUAGCUUUCAAAUGGAUUCAUGCUAUGGUGAUUCUGGUGGUCCACUAUUUUAUCCAACUGAAUAUAAUGGAAAGCAACGUAUGGUUCAGUUUGGAAUAGUCAGCUAUGGUUCCUCUUUUUGCGGGGGUGGAAAACCGGGUGUCUACACAAAUGUUGCCAGUUUUAUACGCUGGAUCGCUGACAAAUUAAUUGCUAAUUAGCGAUAAAUUUCUGUUGUAUUUUCAUUUUUAAUAAAUAUGAAUGAAUUUAUCGAGAGCAUAA